AGCAAUGUUAUGUCCUUUUGAUAGCAAUGAAUAUGAUUGAUUAUGGGCCAUUGGAUGCGAGGAGGUUAAGGAUUGCACGACCAUUGAUUAUGGAUGCAGAUGGGCCUUAAUAUUUCGGAGAUAUUUUUAGAUGGCAAAGCAAUGAGAAACCAGACAUGACACAGCAUUGAAUUUCACCACCUUCGACACACUACAGUUGGUUUUUUCUGUUACCGGAGCACCGAAUAUCGGAAAGAGUGGUGGGUUUAUUUUGCUAGGGAGAAUGGGUGAAGCGCAGGCGAACGGCGGCAGAACGGAGUUCGGAGUUCAAGAAACAAAGCAGAUGGAAGUAAUCGAGGCGAAACAGGAGAAGAAUGGGGAAACAAACAGCGCAGAACCGCCGCAGACGGCUGCGGCAGCGUUGAGGUGGGAGAGCUUUCUGACGAAGAUGGUGCUCAGAGUUUUGUUGGUGGAAGCUGACGAUUCUACUCGCCAGAUCAUUGCUGCUCUUCUCAGAAAAUGCAGUUACAGAGUUCCUGAUGGUCUGAAGGCAUGGGAGGUGCUGAAAGAAAAGCCCAGCAAUGUAGACCUGAUCUUGACAGAAGGCGAAACGUGUUAGCUCCUCCGCCUGAGCAACUAUAAGAAGUGAGAUUUGAGAAUGAGGUCGGAGAAGAGGAGAACGAAGCCAGACUGCCAGAGGCGAUAGCAAUGGCGUAUCCUAUUUGGACAUAACAUGAAAUGAGGACUUUGCCCCUUUCAUUUAA